AUGGCCGCGCUUCCUGGCCUCGUGCCGCGCGGGCGCCCGCGGCUCACGGGCGCGCAGCUCUGCGUGAUCGACGAGGACGACGCUGCGGGUUCACCGCGCUCGCUGGACGGGCAGCUGGUGUGCGAGGUGUCCGCGGCGCAGUGCAAGGCGUGCGGGGCGGUCGAGCGCUCCUCGAGCGAGGAGAGGCAGCGCGCCGCGGUCCGACAGCCCGACGUGUGGCGCACGGGCGCGUCCCCGUUGAACCUGGUGCACCGUCAUCCGCAUGUGUGGGCGACGGAGUGGCCGACAGUGUUCACGGGGCACGGGAGCGACGGCCCCCUGGACUGGGUGCCACCCACCGGCGCCGGGGGCGUCCAGUGCUCCCGCUGCCGGCGCCUCGCAGGGAUCCUGCGCAUCCGCAUCCUCGCGAAAUCCCACAGCGCCCGCGAGCCGUCGCGCGCAAGGCGCCAGGCAGGCGGCACACAACCACCUGACCCAGCGCCACAUGCAUCGUGGCACGCCGGCGCCGACCGCGGCCAGCAUCGCCGCGCGCACGUCGUCGCGGACGUCUGGCUCGACCUCCCCGUCCUCAAGAUGCAUCCGAGCGUCGUCCAGCUCCCACCGGGCCGCGAACGCCUGCCGCGCACCGUGGAACGCGGCACCCACCUCCACGUCUGGGGCGCCGGACACCCAGUGUCCUACCUCCUCCCCCUGCACCUCUCGCACUCCGUCUGGACCGGCUCCUACACGCUCUUCGACGCCGCCGCCGAGCGCAUGCGCCGAUUGGGAUCCGCGCAGCCCUCGCCGCCAGGGCCCGCGCCCCCGCCGGCGCAGCCCGCGGCCCCGGCUGCGAAAGGCCGGCACCACCGCUGGCGCAGCACGGAGGCCGCGCCGCGCGACGGCUCUCUGCCGCGGCAGCCCGACGAGGGGGGGGAGUAUUCACAUUCCCGGGGGACGUCCGGGUGGAACACCCCCGCGCAGACGCCCAGCACGUCCGUGCCCGCGACGCCGGAGCGCCCCGCCGCGCCGCCUGCGGGCCCGCACGCGCCGCGCCCGCCCGCUGCCCGCGGCACGCUCUUGUCGUCGAUCGGGAGCAUGCUGACGUGGCCGGCGCACCGCGCGGAGGAGGCUGCGAAGCGGGCGGCGGCGGAGGCGGCGGCGGCGGCGGCGUCGCGGCGGACGUCGACGGACCCUGCGGCGGGCACGGGGUUCCGGGCGCUGCGGGAGCUGUGCUUGGUGCGGCAGAGUGUGGCCGAGGCGAACCUGCGCGCUGUGCAGAUGGCGGGCAAGGUGCGGCGGAGGAUGGCGGCGAUGGAGCGGCAGGUGGCGCUGCGGCGACGGCAGGCGGCGGCGAGGGACCGCAGGCUCAAGGUGCGCGCGGAGCUCACAGCGGCGCGUGCGGACGUGGACCGGCUCGAACACCUGCUGUCGGACCAGGGCCGGGAGGCUGCGUCGACGCCCGUGCGGCGGAGGUCGUCCGCGAGCGGGCCGGACGCACUCGAGAUCGAGAGGAUGCAGUCGCGGCUGCAAGGCGCCGUCGUCGCGCUGCACGAGGACGGCGCGGGGCAGGAGCGCCGGGCGCGGGCGACGGUGGCGCGCACGCGCGUGCUGCUGCUGUGCGACCUGGCACUGGCGUUGCGCAUCGGGCCGAUGCCGAUCGAGAAGGACCAGGCGUCGUCGUCGCAGUGCCUGGACGACCUCGAGCGGUCGUGGUGGGCGGGGCUGCCGCCGAUGGCCGCAGCAGGGGGGCGCCCGCAGCGCCCGCCGACGACGUCGCUCGCCGUCAGCGGCAUCGACCUACAGGGGCUCCUGACGUCCAAGGACGGAGAGUCGUUCGCGGGCGAGGCCGACGCGGACUCCAAGGCGCAGCUAACGUCGGGGCUGUGGCUGCUGGCGCUUGGCGUCACGCAAGCGGCAAGUCUGCUCAGUACGCCGCUCCUGCACCCCGUGCGCCUCGCGCCGGGCGUGGCGAUCAUCUGCGCCGGCGACAGCGUGGCAGCGAACCCGGGCCCUGGCCCGUCCGCCCAGGCGCCACGUCAGCCCACUUCAACACCCCCCCCAACUGCCCCAGGGUCGUUACAAGCCGGACUCUCGCUCCUGUCCGGGGCGCUGGGCGGCAUCGGCGCGCCCGAGAGCGAGGCCCCGGAGAGCUCCUCGCCUGGCCCGGUGCCCCCCGCGACGCUCGCGUACUUCCCCUCGCCGGAGGACGAGCGCGCCCCUCCGCAAGCGACGCUGGGCGAGCUCGUGCUGGCGGCGCCCGACACGGCGCAUCAGCGGGACGCGCUCGUGCGCGGGCUCGCGCUGCUCGACGAGAACGUGCAGCUCCUGCUGCGCGUGGCCGGCGCUGGGAAGCCCUGCGAGCCCGGGCUGGCAUAUGCCGCUUUGGCGAACCUGCACAGGCUGUUUCUUGCGGCAGCGCGGCCGUUGCAGCGGCAGCGGCGCGCGGAGGAAGCCAAGGGGCUGCCGGCGAGCGUGCGGACGGCGAAGAGCGCCGGCGCGGGGCCGCCGUUGCGCCCUGGGGGGAGUGCGCGACAGUGGGGGGGGACUCUGCAGUACAACCCGAACGCCAAGGUGCGGCGGGACUACGGAGGCGUUCCGGCGGGGCGUGCGGGCGGCGCAGGGUCGGGGGCGGGGAGCGGGUCGGGCAAGGAGGCGGCGUGGGUCAAGCGCGCCCUGUCAGGCAGGGCCUGA